CCAGCUCCUGCAGCGGCCCUUUAACCUCCUGUUUAUUGCAGCAACAUCAAGACAAUUUCUAUCUUACUGGGGACUUGUGCGACACUUUGGCUUUGCUCUUGAUUUGGAUUUAAGAUGGUUGGGAUCCCAGGACCCUAUCAGUCGCGUACGUCUGGCCCUGAAAAUUUGAAGUAGAAGGAAGACGAUCGAUCCGUUGGUGCUCGCAGGAAGAACCCCUGAACCAGUGCAGUUUUUUGCUGAUAGGAGCACCAGCCCGGGGUGUGUGUUACUGGGGACAAGAGGGUGCCAGUCAUGCCCGGGUCUCCCAUGGAAGUGAAGAUCCACUCCAGAUCCUCGCCGCCAACCAUGGCACCACUUCCUCCUGUGAAUCCUGGUGGCCCUCGGCCUGUCGCCUUUCCCCCAUCAUCACAUUCCAAUGGCAUCAACCAUUCUCCCCCCGCACUAAACGGAGCUCCGUCCCCACCUCAGCGUUCCAGCAAUGGUCCAUCAUCAUCCUCCUCCUCUUCCCUGGCCAAUCAGCAGCUUCCUGCCACCUGCGGGGCGAGGCAGCUCAGCAAACUGAAAAGAUUUCUCACUACAUUGCAGCAGUUUGGAAACGACAUCUCUCCUGAGAUAGGGGAAAAGGUCCGCACCCUAGUUUUGGCCCUGGUGAACUCAACUGUAACCAUUGAGGAAUUUCACUGCAAACUGCAGGAAGCCACCAACUUCCCCCUGCGCCCCUUUGUCAUUCCAUUCCUUAAGGCCAACUUGCCUCUUCUCCAGCGGGAGUUGUUACACUGUUCCCGAGCUGCCAAGCAGACCCCUUCCCAAUACCUGGCACAGCAUGAACAUAUUCUCCUGAAUACCAGCACCUCCUCCCCAGCGGAUUCCUCAGAACUGCUUAUGGAAGUGAAUGGCAAUGGGAAACGACAAAGCCCUGACAGGAGAGAUGAAGAGAGAGAACCCGCACCCCCUGAACCUCCAGUUAAGAGAGUCUGCACUAUCAGUCCAGCCCCCCGGCACAGCCCGGCUUUGUCCCUCCCUCUCGUGAACAGCACCAGCCACUUCCACCCAACACCACCGCCCCUUCAGCACUACUCCUUGGAGGAUAUUCCCAGCUCCCAGCUUUACAGAGACCACGUAAACAAAAUGGCUGAACACCGGGACAUUCGAGAUCGGCAUCACAGUUCUGGAAUCAAUGGCAACUUAAAUAAUGGCUACCAGGAAGAACUUGUAGACCAUCGGCUGACAGAGAGAGAAUGGGCAGAAGAAUGGAAACAUCUGGACCAUGCACUGAACUGUAUCAUGGAGAUGGUGGAGAAGACUCGACGUUCAAUGGCGGUGCUGCGCCGCUGUCAGGAAGUGGAUAGGGAUGAGCUCAACUACUGGAAACGGAGAUUCAAUGAGUCAAAUGAAAUCCGGAAGGGAAGUGAGCACCUAAGCAGGCAACACAGCCCUUCCAGCACCGAUUCAGGAGCCAGCGAUUCCACUCGAGACUUUGGGAGCAGGACAGGAGCAGGCUAUGUAACGGAUGAGAUCUGGAGAAAAGCAGAGGAGGCAGUGAAUGAAGUCAAACGUCAGGCAAUGUCCGAAGUACAAAAAGCUGUCUCAGAGGCAGAACAGAAAGCAUUUGAAAUGAUCGCAUCGGAGAGGGCAAGGAUGGAACAGACCAUUGCGGAUGCAAAGAGGAGGGCUACAGAGGAUGCCUUCUCAGUUGUGAGCGAGCAGGAAGAGUCCACUGAGAGCUGCUGGAAUUGUGGUCGGAAAGCCAGUGAGACAUGCAGUGGCUGUAACAUUGCUCGUUACUGUGGCUCCUUCUGUCAGCACAAGGAUUGGGAGAAACAUCACCGCAUCUGUGGCCAAAGCAUUCAUACACAGGCAAAGUCACUUACCCCCUCUCGUUCCCUGAUCCCCAAAUCCUCUGACCCUGUCCAGCUGAACUCCACUCUAGAGAGAUCGUCCAGUGCCACCUCACGCUCCUCUACACCUGCUUCUGUCACUGCCGUUGAUGGCCUGUGAGUCUUUUCCCCCUAUGGAUUUAUUUAUCCCCUUUUUUGCAGUUAGAGUAACAGAGUAAUGCUGCCUGCCUUAGUGGCCAGAGUUCAGCCAUCUUAAUUUCUUUAAAUCCUUGUUGGUGCAGCAAAAUACAAGAAGAGACAGUGAAUAAAGAAGAUGGAAAAAAAACUGAACUCGCCUAUUGGACGUUGGCCAACUAAAGAUCCCCCAGCAGGUCUGUUUUUUUAAUGUGAAGAGCUGCUGGCCCAUCUUUUUAAAAAAAGGCAAUUGCCCAAAACGUCCAGUGCUGGCUGUGUGUAGAUAGUCCAGUCAUAUAUAUAAGAAUGGACAUUCAUUUGGUUGCUAUCAGCUUGCUACAGCCUUCAAAUAUGGCCUCAAAGUGCUAUCCCAAUUAUAGACUGCUUACUGGACUAAGCCAUGUCUGUAUUUGGCCUUUGCAUCCCAUAUUUUCUUGCACAGAAGAGAAAGAAGAUAUGUAAUAAAUUACCUUCAGCCUAACCCAUGCUGUCUAUCAGGGAGAAGCAACAAGAGUCAUUUGGUUGCUCAAGUGGAAAAAAUCAGGGACAUAUAAUAAAGGCUAUUUGUGAAACUGAGAUUAUAUAAUAUUAUUAAAUAUAAGGACAUUCGAGGCAUCACUGAGCAUAUGGAUAUGCAUAUGGACCAUACCAUUGUCUAUGAGAGGGAAGUCUAUGGCUUUGCAGCACAAGGGAUUUGCCAAACCAAAUGUAAGCUUCAACAGGAUAAUUUUUCACUUCCAAAGAAAACAUGAUACCACCAAAUAUGAGGUGGAAUUGUCAUUCUGUCCAUGUAGAUAAUGUAACAUAACACGGAUUAUUUUCUCUCCAUGUUUUUGUGUCUGUUGAAAGUGAUAAAAGUUUCCUCCCAUCGUCAGAGCUGCGUUGGUUCGUGGUUGGAAAUGUAUCAUUUUAUAAAGUGAUGUUUCAUGAAUAAGCUACAUCCAUUAUGUGUAUCCUGUACAGAUAUACUAAUCAUUUAUUAUGGAGUUUAUUCAAUAAAGGUCAUUUUACCACUA